AUCACUUGGCAACCAAACACAGCCUUAGAGGGAGCGAGGGACAGUGUGAGAGAGAAGCAGAAGGAGAAGAGAGAAAGCUCGGCCAUGGCUUCUCCAUCUACAUGGAGACGAUCAUGGAGGACAACGAGCCACUCUGCUUUCACUGUUUCUUCGUCUAGGGCCUCUUCAGUUUUCUCUUUGUCUUCCCGCAGAAGAAUCAAAGAAACCCAUGUCGCCAAAUUCUCUUUAGACAACUCUUCUACAGGGAAUUCGAAUCCUGAGCUUUCUCCUGCUAGUAUUCAGAAGUGCACGAAGCAGAAACUAGCCCAAACUGGGAAAUCGGCCGAUGUCGUCUUUUUACUUCCAGCCGAUGAAGACUCCCCUGUUAAACUGAAAUGUUGUAACUCAAUUGCAUUUGAAGAGAAGGCGAAGAAGGAUACCCAGACGAGUCUGAAGCAAUCGAGCAAGAGUUUGAAGUCAUUAGGAAGUCGACCCCUGUGGCGCAGGAUUUUAUUCGCAUCCAAGAAGGUCAGGAGCAUUGUCCUGCUCAAUGUCAUCACCAUUGUGUUUGCCAGUGACAUCCCAGUUCUGAAAGAGGUUGAAGGAAUCAUGGAUCCAUCAUUAUUCACUUUGGUGCGAUUUUCUGUGUCAGCAAUCCCAUUUUUACCAUUUGUGUUUCGGGCACGAGAUGAUGUCCAGACUAGAACUGCAGGAAUUGAAUUGGGAUUCUGGGUCAGUAUGGGCUACCUUAUGCAAGCCCUUGGGCUACUUACAUCUGAAGCAGGCCGUGCAUCGUUUCUUUCCUUGUUCACAGUAAUUAUUGUACCAUUGCUAGAUGGCCUGUUAGGGGCAACAGUGCCUGCUCGUACCUGGUUUGGAGCUCUCAUGUCUAUUAUUGGAAUCACAAUGCUGGAAUCCAGUGGCUCUCCCCCCAGCGUUGGGGAUCUUUUGAACUUCUUGAGUGCAGUAUUUUUUGGUGUCCAUAUGCUUAGAACUGAACAUAUUUCAAGAAGUACAGAAAAGAAGAAUUUCAUACCACUUCUUGGAUACGAGGUCUGCGUUAUUGCCUUAUUUUCAACAAUUUGGUAUUUCAUUAGUGGAUGGCUUGAUGGAACACAAGAAUUGAAUCCAACAUCUUUGACAUGGAGCAUGGUGUGGGACUGGAUGGUUGUGUUUCCAUGGAUACCAGCACUCUAUACAGGUGUAUUUUCCACUGGGAUAUGCCUAUGGAUAGAGAUGGCUGCCAUGCGUGAUGUGUCAGCAACAGAAACAGCUAUUAUAUAUGGUCUAGAGCCACUUUGGGGUGCUGGUUUUGCAUGGUUUCUCCUUGGUGAAAGGUGGGGCACUGUUGGUUGGAUUGGGGCUGCUCUCAUACUUGGUGGCAGCUUAAUGGUGCAGAUCCUUGGGUCAACAACUCCUGAUAGACCCAAAGAAGAACUGAAUAUAGAUAAGCGAAAUGGUUUCUCAGCCUCUCCAGUUGUUGUUACCUCGAGAAAGACUGUUCCAGAUCUGUUAAAGAAGAAGAAGUAGGCUGACUUACUGGUACUGUCCUAGUCUUUCGAGUUCUUGUAAAGCUUAUAUUCUCUCUUACAUAGUAUAUCUCACAGUGAUAAUUCCGAGAUUUGUAUUUCCCCGGGAGGCCCUAAAGCCUUUGCCCUCCCAAUACAUGUAUAUAAAUAACUGCACAUAUAAUUGUGCACUAACUUAUAUAAAUAAAAUUUUCAAGGAGCUUUAUAAUC